AUGGCAUUAUUGCUGCGCUGUCUUCUCUCCAGCCAGUCGUGGAGCGAGCACUUCGAUAUCUCGGAUAAGGCAUGCGAGGAGAGGCAGUUUCAGGACCUUCUCAGGAAGAGGAGGAAGAGGAAGAAGGAGAACAAUGCUUCGAUUGAGGCGAACGACGAUUUGGUGCCUGUAAUAGACACCUCGGCCAGCGAGAGCGAUAGGGAGGGAUCCGACCUGCACGACAAGCCAAAUACCACGCCAGCCCGGGACGACGAACUCUCGAGCCUCGCAGAGCCUGCGAUCAAGGAGCCAUCCUCUCCGAAGCAUAAGUCAGUCACACGUCUCACGUGGCUGGUCUCCUUCCUGUAUGCGGCCAGACAUCUCGCCCUCACCUUGCUCCUUCACAACGUCACAAUCUGGAAUAACUCCAACCUGAAUGUCGCAUCCAGCAGCGCGCUGGCUACCACACUAUUCGUGAUGGGGACGGUGGCUUUGCUCCCGCUCGCUUUGGUCUAUAGGUGUGUACGGGCUGUGCGGAAAUACAGAGCGAAGGUAGCGUGUAAUGAGGCGGCACCGGAAUUGGGUGCGAUGGAAUUGGUAGGAGAGACAACCGGGGAGGUUCACGAGGGGCGUUGUCAGGUAGUCAAUGUGUGUUUCUCGUCGAGUGCUAGGUGUCAAGGAGGUGUUGCAGAUGUAGGUUUAUCUCGUAGUGCACUGCUUGAUCAAGGCAUGAAUAUCUGGCCUGGCUAUUCCUGUGGUCAUUUGCAGAGAGUGUAA